AAUAAAAUCGUAAAAAAUCUUGAAAUCAUGUCAGAAGAAGUCGGAUUCUCGUUCAAAAAGCGAAAUGUGAAGAACAAAUUCGCCCGUAAACGCAAACAAUCGAGCGACGAAAGCGCCAGCGAUGAAGAAACCGGUCCAGCUGUCGUUAAAAACGAAAAAAAGAACAAACGCUUGAACCCAAAUGUUCAAUCCACGAGCAACAUUCGGAAGCAACGCAAAAAAUUAGCGGAUGGAGGUGCUUCGACGUCAUCUGAGGAGGAAGAAGAUCUCACAACAGUUAGUUAUCGCUCGAAAAAGGAAGCGGAAUCGGCUUUACCGAAGGAUCAAGGUGCUACUGCUGAACUUCAGUUCGAAACGGAGAAAGAUAAAGACGCCCAAACGAUUUUCGAACGAAGUCAGCAGAUCAACAAGGAGCUCGAAGGCAAGGAAGACGACAAAGUUUAUCGGGGAUUGAAUAAUUACACGCAAUAUAUCAAGAAAAGGGACACAGCGCAAGGCAACGCAAGCAGCGGAAUGGUGCGAAAAGGUCCAAUUCGGGCCCCAGCUAAUUUACGAGCGACCGUGAGAUGGGAUUAUCAGCCAGAUAUUUGCAAGGAUUACAAGGAAACCGGGUUUUGUGGGUUUGGGGACAGUUGUAAGUUCUUGCACGAUCGCAGCGAUUACAAGCACGGAUGGCAAAUGGAGUACGAUGAAUCGAAUAAAUACACGAAAAAGUAUGAUGAUGAGUCAGAUGGCGAAGACGAGACGAAAUAUGAGAUUCACAGCGAUGAAGAAGAAUUGCCAUUUAAAUGUUUUAUUUGCCGGAAAAGCUUCAAAGAUCCAAUUGUGACAAAGUGCAAGCAUUAUUUUUGCGAAAAAUGUGCGUUGGAACGGUAUAAAAAGUCGGCGAGAUGCGUGGUUUGCGGCGUUAACACGAAUGGAGUGUUUAAUCCAGCGAAAAAUUUGAUUGAAAGACUCAAGGCGUGUCGAGGAUCGUCAGAUGAGGAACGAGACGAAGAUGAAGAUGAUAAAAAAUAUGAAAUUAAGAGCGAUGAUGAGUCGGAUGACGAUGAUGAUGAAUAAAUUUAGAAGUUUUAGACAUAAUA